CACAGCAUCCCCAGAGCCCGGGCAGCAUCUCCUCCAUCCUGCACCCCCUCACUCUCUCUUUGCACCCCUUCACCUCUGGCCAUUUGCAUGCAUUACAUUCCUCCAAAAAUGGUUUGUGAGACAGGAAUCCUGGCAGAUGAUCACAGUGCCAUAGCAGGACCCCAGAAAGAUCCUCUGAUCGUCUCCUCAUCUCAGAUGUGGCCCCCACUGCCAGUGCAGCCAGCACCUCCCCACUGGUGCCCCCUACUUCCACCACCACCACCAGCUCUGGGGGGAGCUGCUGAAGAGGGCACGAAGGAGCAGCAGCUUUAUAUUCGUGAAUUUCAACCCUCAGAUCAGGAGACUGCAAGGAGAAUAUUUUAUGAAGGCAUUAAAGAAAGGAUUCCCAGCUCAGCAUUUCGAGGGUUAAAAUACCAGCCACUGCUCCAGUGCAUCUAUGCCCUGCUCACAUUAAUAUGCUUUGUUGUGACCAACUCCUUGGUGCUGGCGUGCUGUAUGCCCAUCAUUCUAUUGGGCAUGAGAUACUACUACAGUAGGAAAAUUAUCCUCCACCAUCUCGAGUGUGCUCUACGCACGGACAUGUCUGAUAUUGAACAAUAUUACAUGAAACAGCCGGGAUCCUGCUUCUGGGUGGCCGUCCUAGAAGGAAAAGUGGUUGGAAUAGUGGCAGCUAGAGGCAACGAAGAAGACAAUGUCGUUGAGUUACGUCGGAUGUCGGUAGAUUCCAACUACCGUGGGAAGGGUAUUGCCAAAGCCUUGGGCCGUAGGGUCUUGGAGUUUGCCAUGUUAAACCACUACUCUUCCAUUGUGCUCGGAACCACAGCUGUGAAAAUAGCAGCUCACAAGCUGUACGAGUCCUUAGGGUUCAAGCAUGUGGGUGUUGUGGAGCAUCACACAGUUCCGGGGAUGACACAUUCGUUACUGGAAAGAAUGUUCUUUCAGCUUCGCUACCACCGCUACUGUCUACAGCUACGUGAAGAAUAAAGGAACUCUGCCCGGCCCCCUCUCCCCUUCCUGCAUUCAUUUUCUAUUAAGCCAGUCCUGCAUUGACCGCAAACAUUUUUUUUUAUUUGUUUAAUAUCACCGAUUCUCGUUCUCGAAUGUACAACAGGCUCUCCCCCUUGCAUGCCGUGAGACGGAAGCUGAGCCAUUGUCUUCCUCACUUACGCAGCAAGGUCAGGUCGCCUAUCGGUUAGGUAGAACUUACUUAAGGGGGUUGUGUCUGUAUAAGCACAGGAACUGGAGCGGAGGCCUGGUGGAAAUAUUGUACUAUUUUUUACAAUUUGUCAAAUUUGUGAUUUACCUUUCAGGUAUAGGGAUGUGAAAUCAACUUGAAUGCAAUGCAUUACACCAGUAGAGGGCGCUAUCGAUGGAUCUAUCAGUUAACCUAUUUUCUGGACAAUGUGAAUACUGAUGCUUGGUACAUACAAUGCAUGAAAAGGAAGCGUCUGCACGCACACGCACACACACACAGCACUGCCAACGAGGCACCGAAGUUGCACCUUCUUAGGAUGUGCCCAAUAAUUCUGCCAAACCGGAAUGGAUUUAAGCGCAUCCAGAUUUUGUGACCUUUCGUAGAUGUCAUACACCUUAAAGCCAGCAGACAGCCGGUUCCAUCCAAACUGAGCCCGUUUGUAUAGCAUUCUGUAUAUAAUUAACUCUUAUAUAUCUCUUGUUUAGUUAUGAUAGGACUUGGGGGUCAAGCGUCUAUAUGGGAAUUGAAGGGUCCCCAUGGUCCCCUCGUUCUCUGGCUCAUGGAAGACGUCGUUGAAGCACAAGUGAAGCUAUCAUUACCUUGGCGACGUAUUUGCACAUUCUUUGCAUACCCUUGAGACGUGUGAGGAUUAAUUCCUCGAAGGAAGGAAUGUAUAGACACCAAUCAACUCCUUCUCCAUAUCCUGUAUAUAGACCCUCUCCUGUAAAUGUCCACCCUGUAAGAAUUCUGACUUGUCCGAUGCAAAUAGCAAUGCAAAGCAGAUUUGGCAUGCGUCUGUACUUGGUACGUCUGUACAGUGCCCGCCAAAAACGUAGAGUCCAAGUCAGCAGCUUCUUCGGUCUUGAAGUGUAUUUAUAAAAUGGAUGGGAAAUGUAGAUUUGCAUGUAGUAUGCAUAGGGGGAGUCAAGGGGGUAGAUUCUAAUAAAAAAAAAAAAAGAAAGAAAAAAAGCAAAAAAAAAUAAAUCUAUAUUUAAGAUUAAUUUGAUACGUUCGUAGAAAAGAUUAAAUUUUAGUACCUUUUUUUUUUUUUUUUUUAAAUGCAUUCUUAGACCUCAAGUCCAGUCUGCAAAUCGUGGAUCUGCAAAAUACGGAUGCGGUCCGUGUAACCCUUUGAAGUCAACAGGUCUAAACUGAGUCAAUGGAUCUGCAAAAAGCAUGCGGAUGCAACACGGACGGUAUCCGUAUUUUGCGGAUCUGCAGACUGCAAAAUACUUCGGGCCGUGUGCAUGAGGCUUUAGCUGAUAGAAUGCUAAUCGUAUGUUGUUUCCUACAUCAGGUAAAUGAAGGACACGUGGCGGCAGAUAAGGAAGGGGGCGGUAGACACUCAGAAGACGUUCAUAAAAUUGAGGCAUCAAUUGCUAUUGAGAAUUCCCUAUACGUAGUUCAGGGUUUAAGGAAGGAGGGGUUGGUGUCUGCUGGGGCAUGUGAUAGUGGUAGGUGCCAACAAGCCACCGAGGGUAUUUAGAUGCAGGGCUAGGGCGUCUUUAAUAUUGCUCCCAUGCACUGAAUGUAUAGAUUCACAUGGGUUGUCUCAAGAUUCAACCCCUGUCCUUGUGCCUUCUAAAGGCUUAUGGAUGACAUAGGGGUACCCUGCUCGGGACGCCAGCUCAGCUACCAUCAAGUGAAUGGGAGCUGAGCUGCGUGUUCUGUAUUGUCCGUUUUUCACGCAGCCCUUGCCCUAUAGAUGGGACCUGCGUGAAAGACACAAUGCCUCUGGAUGCAAUGCGUUUUUAGUGACGAUUGCUAGGUGAUGUUGAGUGUUAUUCUUGAGUUUUUCUUCACGGAUUCAAUCCUGACGGAAAAAACUGAAACACUGAACGCAAUUGCAGACAAAACUCAUUCAUCUUGAUUGCAAAACUUUCAGUUUUUUCCCAAACAGACCCUGACAUAUUCCGUGUCGCUUAUGGGUGUACUCAGUAGCGGUGUGAAGUACCCAAUCUCCCACUGUCUGCACCCUACUGUUUACACCAGUAGUUAUAGAUACGGCACCACUCUUGUCCAUAGGCUGUGUCAGGUACUGCAGCUCAGACUUAUUUAAUUAAAGAAAACGUCAUUUUUUGGAGGGGGAUAUCCUACUUUUCUAGGGAAGGUUGUGUUUAAAUGAUACACAUAAAAAAGAAUUAAGAAAACCGAUGUGAUAUAUACUGAUUAUUAAUAUGUGCAUCUUAAUGAUCUCAUACCACAUGGCCUAUUUAUGAGCAUUUUCACAUGAAAUAAUCACACAGGGAUGUAAUCUAAGUCCCAGUGCGCGUGAUGGCCCUCGUAGUGCUGUGCACCAUUCUGAACCAUAUUCUUGAAGAAAAAUUUACUGGUAAAUUUAAAAAAAAAUUCCGCAUGCCACCAUAUUAUUUUAUAUGGUGGUACACCUGGCGCCAUUUAAGCUCCGUGUGAUUUCGAUCCCUAAUGGGCUCAUGUGCAUGAGGGAUGGCUUUCAAAAAUUAUCAAAAAAUCAUUCUUCACAAUUGGGUCCACAUUCUGGUCUGUGAUGCCAUCUAACCAACUGCUCCUUUUAUCUUUAGUGUGAAAGCCCCCUUCGGGAGCCAUAACUGGCACUCGCAGUCGCAUAAUGUCUUGAGGCGCCAAUAUUAUAUCUUAUAUAGGCUCAUACACAUCACUAUAUAAGAAUGGUCUGCAACCCAUGGCUCUCAGGCUGCUGCAAAAGUACCAGCCUCAGCAUUCUAGGACCAUCCAGCAUUCUGAGACUUGUAGUCCAUAGGUUGUACCAUUAUACUAUUGCUCAGCAUGCAUUUUCUGAUGAUACACUAGAAUAGAAGUUUAGUUAUAGGACUCUUCCUUUUUUAAAUCCCUGUAUAUACACAGUUUCUAUGAAUCACACGUGUACAGAAUAAGUGAAGUAUUGUAUGAGUUUUGCAAGCCACACAACUUCUGCUGGUUCACAUUCUUCUAGUCCAGUGUGUACCUAUGUAUAAUAAUAUAUAUAUAUACACAAAAUAUGCAUUGAGUGAGCGCCCAGGUGCCUGUUCUCGUGUUCUUACAUUCACUUGAUACUCAAGUGGUGAGGCCAGCAGUAGAUCACUGUAUUACAUUAAAGGGGUUAUUCCAUGAAUAAUGUUAAAAAAAAAAAAAAACAUACAUAAUCUAGUCUUUCUAACAAAGCUAGAACCAGGCCUGUACCUCUCAUGGAUCCCCAUUCAUUGCUCUGCUAGAUUUAUACCAAGCUGGCAGCUCAGGGGAUGUGUCCUUGCUGCUACACCUGGUGGCAGUUGAAGUAUGCAACUGAGCAUGUGCGUCUGUCUCAGCGAGCAGGACAGAGGAAUUAGAAAAAGAGCAAACAGCAGAUGGCGCCGUACAGAUAGAUUUCAUUGAAUAUCUCAGUAGCUAUAAUACAUUUUUAAUUGCAAGCAACUACAGAUCCAGAUGCUGGUUUGAAAACUGUAGAAUAUUUUUGUGGGACAACCCCUUUAAGGGAAUAAUCUUGCAUGCUGAAAUGUGCCAGCGGGUGCAGUAAUAUUUACUAACUCUGUAUAUAUGUCUGCCUAUUAUUGUAUAUGCUAUUGCAGAUGAUGUACAUUCUCACCUGAUGACAAUAUAACAAUGUACAGGGGGUCCUGUAAUGUUAGGGAUUUUGUACAGUGUAUAGAAAUUGGGGAAAGUAUUUUCUUGUCGCCUUUUAGCCACAGACGAGUAUAAAUAGACAGGUGGGGAAUUGUAAGCCCGGGGAAAUCAGCUUGUGCCUUUCUGCUUUUUUUCCUCUCCUCGUACUGGCGGCACUGCCAGCGUGUGUUGUUACUGGUAACAUAUCGUCUACCAUAAGCACCUACAUCUGUCCCGAAUUUCUGCUCAUUUUCUACGGGGGAUAUGUGGGCUGUUUGUAGAAUAUUGAUAUGUUUCGUUCUGAUGCAGUUCUACAAUGUGUCUAGAUUGUUAGAAGGAUAAAAAACAUGUUGUAAUGUCGAUGUCAAACCAAUGUUGUAUUAAAGGGGAACUUACUGAAGAUCUAUUUUAAAGCCCCUUUAACCAAAAUCUUUUGCCUGUGUCCCCAUGACAAAACUUACUUUUGUGUACUCUGGCAGUUCAGUGAUAUCAGAGGGACGCGGGGCCUUGUAACAAGCAGUCAGGUCCUCUCUUUUGUUUCCUAUGUUCUAUCUGAUGGUUUGUGAUCAGUCUCCCUAUGGCUGGAAGGUUCUCUUUCAAAGCAACUGGACUUGUUUGAAGACAUUUCUCUAGUCAUGUGGCCUGCUUUUUCAGUUACAAUAUCUUGUACAAAGAAUCUCCAGCAUUAAAUACCGGUGACUCAUACUUCAGUCAGCAUAAU